AUGCAACCGAUCUAUGAAACCACUCCUUUACCCGCUAUCAUGUUGAGAAUGGCGCCCGGAUGGCCGAAUUCGCCGGCUACCGCAUGCCGAUCGAAUUCACCGGAAUCAACGACGAACAGCGGCCGGCCCCGUGCCGCGGAAUUCCUGCAAUACGUUACGACGAACGACAUCCGCGCGCUGCGUGACGGGAAGGGUACAGUAUUCCUGUCUGCCUACGGUCGCGGGGGAAUCGUGGACGACAUUCUGAUUUACCGGAUCGACGCCGGGACAUUUCUGAAUAUCGGUCUCGGUGCCGCGAUACCCUGCGCCUGGAGAUGGGUUUCUGCCUUUACUGGAACGACAUCGACGAUACUACUUCGCCGGUCGAGGCCGGUCUCGGCUGGAUUACGAAGCGUCGACGGCAACGACUUCAUCGACCGGCCGCUGUUCGAAGUCCAGAAAAAGAGAGGACGGACGGCGUCUGGUCGGUUUCGAACUGACCGAACGGGGAAUUCCCCGGCACGGUUACGCGCUUGCGGCUCCGGACGGGCGGACGAUCGGGGCGGUGACUUCCGGAACGAUGUCGCCGACGCUGAAAAAGGGAUCGGCAUGGGGUACGUGCAGAGCGCUUUUGCCGCUCCGGGUACGGAUAUCGACGUGGUGAUCCGCAAUAAGCCCGUUCGGGCCCGGGUCGUGAAGAUGCCUUUCUUGAAACGACGGGAGCGGAGUAGUGCGGAUAUCAAGACGAAAGGAGGC